UAAACAAAUCAAAUUCAAGGUUGAAAGCAGAGCGGCGUUCUAGCAACACUAUCAGUAAUAAGAGGGAGCGACGAUGGCGACUCUCGUGUCUCUCCAUCUCCGGCCAGUUCUCAGCCGUGCGGGAACAGCGACUCUCUCUCAGCUCCACAAAACUAUUGUCAGAGCAAUGUCCAUUAAGGUUGGAGAUGAGAUUCCCAGUGUGGAUCUCUUUGAAGAGACCCCAGCAAAUAGUGUCAAUUCCCGGGACCUGUGUGCUGGCAAGAAGGUUCUGAUCUUUGCUGUGCCAGGUGCCUUCACGCCAGGAUGCUCAAAGACUCAUCUACCAGGAUAUGUCAACAAUGCUGAUGCCAUCAAAGCCAAGGGUAUCGGUGAAAUUGUGUGUGUGGCCGUCAAUGACCCCUUUGUGAUGAGUGCCUGGGGUCAGAACCAGGGAACAGGAGAGAAGGUUCGAAUGCUGGCUGACACAAAUGGGGAUUUCACGAAAGCCCUUGGCCUGGAGCAAGAUCUGGCUGUGUUAGGAGGCCUUCGAUCAAAACGCUACUCCAUGGUUGUGGAGGACGGCAAGAUCACGCAGCUGAAUGUGGAACCUGACGGGAAGGGCCUCUCUUGCUCUUUGGCUGAUAACACCAUGGCUAAGUUGUAGAUUGAUGGAGGGGAGUACUUUGAUGCUGUUUACGUUGUAAUGAAAAAUUAUGAUUGAUUUUCCCAGAAUGGAAGCAUUGUUAGCAACAAAUGACACUGUAAUAGCUUUAAUGUAUGAUUUCUUUGUUGGAGGUGUUCCAGACGAACAGGAGAGCUGUUACAUUAUGAGAUCACUCUUGCUUUAGGUUGUUUUCUGAAUCUCGGCUCUAUAAUCCUAUGUUUGUUAAUUUUUGGACACUAAGUUGGUGCUUGAAUGUACGGAACUUAAAAUGAAGUAUACUAAAUCUUAUGACAAGACAUAUCAUAGUUAGUAAAUCACUAAGCAUGACAUAAAAGAAAGUACUUAAUAAAUUUGACAAAUUGGUAUUACUUUCCUUCCGAAGAACUGAUGUCAGUUGGUAGAUAUGGGAUUCAAUGGCAGUUCGCAUUUCAACAAGGCAGUUCAUAAUGGUCACCAUAUGACUCCAGUCAUGUAAAGACAAAUGUUAUCCAUAAUAAUGAUUAUAAAAGUAGCAAUAGUAAGUUCCUGUAAAUACCUAAGAGUUUUAUGGCUUAAACUGCAAAUUGCAUAAUACAAUGGUAAUACAAGAAGUAAGAUAAAUUGAAGCUUAAGAUACAACAAUCUUCAUCUACACUGGCCGUACAUUUAUAGACAUUACUGUGAUGGCAAAAGUGGCUGUGAGUUUAUCAAGAAACUCGGUAGCUCUUUCUUUUUUGCAGUGUCUCAGGAAUGUUAAUUGGCUAGUUCUGAUAAGAGCUGUCCUGAAUGAGUUACUCAUUUAACAUGAUUAUAAGACAUUGCAUGUACAGUUAUGCUGAAUAUUAAUAUUUUUGAUUUCUUGGUGCAAAUUUGUGACUUAAAAAAAUAAACAGUUAAUGAUCUAUAUAUUCAUGAAAAUUAGCAGAUGAAUCAUUGAAGAGGUUUCAGGAAAAAAGCAUUUCUUAAUUGUACCAGUUUUGUAAAUGUGAUGCAUUUAAGCAAAUAAAAUCAGAUUACUUGAA